AUGGCAUACAAAAAGAAGUGCCAUUAUGGGAAUGCUUCACAACGGCCAGCAUCGCUACCACCACCACCGCCGCCACCACCGCCGCCGUUGCCGCAAUCAGCAAAACACCUGUCAAAUGUGAACAUUCGUUUGAAGCAGAUGAAUUGGAAACCAUUAGCAAAACACCAUUUCGCAGAAGGUUGUUUCUGGAAAGAACAACAAGGUGUGAAUGUUUAUUGUUCGUCCGAAGAGGAAGACAUUCUUGACGGAUUGGCUCAACACUUCGCACUUCCAAUCCUUAACGUAGCUCAGAAAACAGCCGAAAAGUCCAAGAUUGAUUUACGUGUGCUAGACAGAAUAUCUGUUCAGAAUUUAUUGAUUGUGCUUCGAGUCUCUUUCAAAGAUACAUCAUAUGAGCAAAUAAAGCAACAUAUUCUACGUUGUGAAACCACAAAAUUAAACUCAGAUUUCAUUGAAAAACUCAUCAAAUCGUUACCAACACCCGAUAAAAUGAAGGAAUUAUGUGAAUUGAACAACAGAGGCAUUCAAUUAUUAGCUGUUGAAAAAUUUGUUGCAAGUCUCGGCGACAUCAAGCAGCUGAUACCACGUUUGGAUUGCAUGAAGUUCAUGAUCUGUUUCAACGACAUGGCUGAAGACUUGGAACAUGAUAUCUUGACUGUGACGUCUGCUUGUAACGAGAUAAUUGCAAGCAAAAAGUUUGGAAAAAUCCUCACAGUAAUUUUAUCGAUAUGCAAUUUGAUGAAUCCCGGCUUUCAAACAAUCGGGUUUGAGCUAGAUAUCCUGAAAAGAUUGCACGAUAUGAAAAGUUCGCACAGAGAAUAUACCCUUCUGCAUUUCGUUGUUGAAGCGGUUUACCGCAAAUAUCCUGAGUGCUUGAACUUGGCCGACGAAAUGGCUCACGUGGGCAAAGCUACUCGUGUAAAUUCUGAUGACAUCAAACAAACAAUCGAAAAAGUUAUACAAUCAUCAGAAAAUCUUCAAAUAUUGUUGAAAGAUAUCGGCGGAUCUCAGUCAUCAGGGGAUAAGUUUGAAGAACAGAUGUCACCAUUCGCAUUGAAAGCUCAUCAUCAAGUGGAUAUGCUGAAAAAGAUGAUGCAUGAUAUGCACAAUACUUACCUCAACGCUAGCAAAUACUUUGCAUUCGAUGUCAAAACGUGUUCUAUGGAUGAUUUCAUUACAAACAUCAACAAUUUCAAAACACAGUUUGCAAAAGCGUAUGCAGAAAUAUUGAUACUUCAAAAGAAAGGAAUGCCACGUCGAUCAUUCGGUAGACAGCUACAAAAACCAGUAAAUGCUAAAUCAGGUCAACAUCAAGUACUCAACGCACCCAUCGUUGAUGCCAAAGUGAAAAGGUUGUGCAAAGGAUGUACAGUUAAAUUGAAGCGAUUAAGCAAACAAGACAUCGUGGCCGCAAAUCAAUCUGGCAAACGUAAGCGUAGACAACAAUAG